AUGAUUUUUUCGUCGUCUGUUUCUCCGCAAGCAUCAUCGGCUCAGCAAAAAGGCUCACUCUCCUCUACUUCAUCAUCAGUACUACUCGCGAGUAAAUCACAUCAAGAAGCUACAUCAUUGGAUGAUUUACAUCAUCAAAAUUUACCCGAUAAUUCCAGUGAGAAUCAGCCCAAUGCUGAUGAGAACGAUAUGAAUUGUUGUCUGAUAUCAACAGCAUCAACAACGGAAAAUAUUUCCAGCAAUUUUCAUCAAUACGGUAGUAUCAGCAAUAGCCUUUUAAAAACGGAAUGUAACCAUAACAGCCAUUCUUCAUCGGAGCUGCAUUCUGUAGAGAAUAACAACCAACAACUUCGUAGCUAUGUUUCUAUUCCUGUAGAUGUUGAUGAAACAUCCGAAAACUUUCGGCGGUGCAAUUCUCUUAUCCAACAAUUGUUGUACAGAAUUCAACCUUCCAUAGAGUCUGAAAACCAUAGAAAGGAAGUUUUUGAUAUAAUAUCAGCAGUUCUUGAUUUGGCAAAUUUAAAAACGUAUUUAUAUGGUUCUGUUGCAUUUAAAACAUACUUGCCUGACGGUGACAUUGAUUUGAGCGUGUUUGCAAAUAACGAAACAGAAAAUGGGGAACUUUUAAAUACAAUCAACUCUCCACUUAUAUCUGUGGGAUCAAAUGAAAUGCCUAAUCAUGCAACAUCGUAUAUCCAUGAUAUUUUACUUAAACACAUGCACAUUGGCCUGAAACACCAAUUGUCAGAUGCUACGGUACCAUGGUAUAACAAGGCAAGAGGUUUAUUUCAAGAAAUCCAAAGAAAUAAUUUAGCGGUUGUAGAAGACUUGACUUUUAUUAACGCGGAGGUUAAAUUAAUCAAAUGCACUGUGAAUAAUAUACCCAUAGAUAUGUCUUCGGGACAAGUUGGGGGUUUAUCAACUCUGUGCUUUUUGCAUGAAGUUGACGACAAAAUCGGUGAUAACCAUUUAUUCAAGAGAAGUAUAAUUUUGAUGAAAUCAUGGUCAUAUUAUGAAAGUAGGAUUCUGGGAUCUCACCAUGGAUUAGUUUCGACAUAUGGUCUGACUGUGCUGUUAAUGUAUAUGUUUCGACUGUACAGAAUUGAGACACCCUUACAGGCGCUCUAUCGGUUUUUAAAUUAUUAUAGUACCUUUGAUUGGACGAAUUUUGGAAUUAGCAUUUAUGGUCCAGUCCCUCUAAGUAUAAUACAGACCUAUAAGAAUCAAGAAGAUUUCCAACAUGAGCAUUUAUCCACUGAACGACAUGAUGUACUUACGAGUGAAUUUUUGAAAAAAUGUAAAAAGAGCUAUGGCGAUCCUGACACAUCCAAAAUAUUAACAGUCAAAAAUUUAAAUAUUGUUGAUCCAUUGAGGGAUUUCAAUAAUCUGGGUAGAAGUGUCAACUAUAACAACUUUUUACGAAUUCGGAGAGCAUUUAAGAAAGGCGCUAAAAUGUUGACUGAUAUUUUGAACUCCACAGAUAUUAAGGACUCUGAAAAAAUACUGAAUUUAUUCUUUAAAAAUGUAACGGCUAAAUAUAUUGGAGAUGGAAACAUUUUAAUCGAUCAUGUCAUUAAUGAGGAGAGAUUUCAAGUUGGAAACAACAAACAAACAAGCGCUUCAGGAAGUGUGUUCGAUUCCAAAUUAGAAGACUGCAGGACUUGUCUCGAAACAGCGCAUAGUCUCUUAGGAACAAGCUCUCCUUCUAUCUCUUUAUCACAAGACUCUUCAAGUAACUCUUCAUCGAAUGUUGCCUUUCCUGUUCCAAAAACUCCUCCAAGAAGAAGUAGCUCUGUUAGCAACUUUAUAGCCUCUCCUCUUUCUCCCUUAAAUAGCUACGCUGUUUAUACGAGAAAUUUAACUCUAAUGAAUGCAGCAACUGCCAGCAGCAAUAUGUUGAAUGGUGCGCUGGGAAUGUCUCAUCCAAUUCCGAUCACAUCUUCAGACGCAGACAUGUCCAUACCCUCCAACCCCACUACACCAACAAAAUCAAACAAACGAAAAACUUCAAAGAAAAGUCCUGGUUCCACCACAUCCAUUCAACAGGAAAAUUCAGAGCCUUCCACAGAAAAGAAAACGCCAAAACGUCGCCACCCCAAGUUCAAAACCUCUUCUUCUCCGAACGUGACAGAAAAUGAGGUGCGGAAAUGA